AUUCAGUCUCAAUCUGUUCUGUUACUGGCUCCUCAAAUUUUUUUUUUCUCUUUUUCUUAAAUUUAUUUAAGGUUUUUACCAAAUAAAUGAGACACAUAUGUGCGUUAUUUUACUACUUAAUUUUUAGAACGUUUUAAGACAGCCUGCGUCUCCUUUAAUUUUUUUUCCAGUCGUUGGCCUUCAGUUUUGCUGGUGCUCUCAGAAUGGAUCCUGCCUUACUUCGAGAAAGAGAACUAUUCAAGAAACGAGCUUUAGCGACUCCGACAGUCGAAAAGAAAGUAAAGAAAGAUGUGGAUGUCGCUGCAUUGGUCAAGAAAGAUGAAAUCAAAAAGAAGAGCAAGCCAUCCUCUCUGGUCACGGAGAGGACAACCGCCCUUAAUUACAAGACCAUGUCUGGAAGCUCUCAGUACAAAUUUGGUGUUCUAGCAAAAAUUGUCAAACAUAUGAAAGCACGGCACCUGGAUGGGGACGACCAUCCACUGACUCUAGAAGAAAUAUUAGAUGAGACUAAUCAACUAGAUGUCGGCUCUAAAGUUAGGCAGUGGCUUGAAACAGAGGCGCUGAGGAAUAAUCCAAAAAUUGAAAUCAAUUCAGAAGGGAAAUAUUUAUUUAAACCUCCAUACAAAUUAAAAGACAAAAAAUCACUAAUUCGGCUGUUGAAGCAACUGGACCUGAAAGGAUCGGGUGGAGUUUUACUGGAAGAUAUACAAGAAUCCUUACCUCAUUGUGAAAAAGUUUUGAAGCUCUACGCUGAUGACAUAAUAUACGUAACAAGACCAAUCGACAAGAAAAAAGUUAUGUUUUAUAAUGAUAGGACAGCAAAUUUGGAAGUUGAGGAAGAACUUCAAAAGUUAUGGAGAUCCGUAGCUGUUGAAAAUGUGGACGAUCAAAAGAUAGAAGAAUAUCUUGAAAAACAGGGUAUACGCUCAAUGCAAGAUCAUGGAAUAAAGAAACCUGUGGCACCCAUUAAAAGGAAGAAACCGAACCAUAAUAAGAAAAAUUUGAAGAAACCCAGGGACAAUGAACACUUGGCUGACAUUCUGGAAACUUAUGAUACUUGAACUAUGAUCCCAGUAAUUAUGCUGUGAGUCUUGUCUUUGAAAAUUGUCUUUCAUGCAGAUUUGUUCAUGAGCCAUAUUUUUGUGUUCAUAAUUGGUUUUCUUUAGAGGUGAAAUCCUCUUUGUUUGUACAGAAAUGUUAUUGGUAGCCUCAUCAAAAGAUGAAGUAUGAAGCUUCAAGUUGAUUUCCAUAUAUUUAUUACAAGUUUUGAACAUCAAUUCUUCCUCAUAAAUUAUUUAAUAUCAUUGAUUUGAGGUUGGGCAGUGUAGACCGGUUAUUGGUCAAUCUUUUAAAAUGAUUCUUCAAGUGCACGUAUUUUGUUACAAUCUUUUUAUGUAUUCAAAAGUAUUUUUCCAAGAAAGAAAAAAAAAAUGACCAAAGUUAAAAGAAUAUGUGAGGAUUGAAAAAAAAGAGGAGGUGAGCUACAUCAGACAUUAUAAAAAUGGGGCGCAAAACAAGGUAUGUAACAACAAAUUGUUUUACAUGUUUUCGUUUUAAAAUUGUGUGUAAAAAAAUUACUCGCACAACGGAAAGUUUAGAUAUAAAUUCCUAAUUGAGAUAGAAGUGACUUACGUUAUAUGGCAAAACACAAAAGCCCGUCACUCGUAUAACAUGUGUCUAAUUUGAUCAGUGUUGAAUAUACUUCUCUACAUCCUGCCUGGGGAUCAAUUUUGAACUCGUUGUCAGGUGGAAUGUUUCUUACAUAAAAUUUCAACAAAAAAACAUGUAAGAUCUUUUUACUCAUACCUUGUCUAGUGGCUCACAGUGCAAGUUCUAAAUUUUCUAAAGGUCAUUCAAAGGAAAUUUCCCAAAGCUUUCAAUUGCAAAUUUUUCGUCCAGCUUCAUCUGUUUCAACAAAAUAACUACGGAGAACCGCACAAAAAAAAGUUCAAAAAUCUUGUAAACACUCACUUGGGCAUAGAUUGGUAUUGCUCUUUGGAUACUUUUUGCCGGCUCUGCUCUCAGGCAUUCUCAGUGCAACUCACUCUGCUCAGGAUGCUGGAGUGCAGAGCUGGCAAAACGCAUCCCCAAAACGAUAUCAAUUCAUGAACAAGUGAGUGUUUACAUGGUUUCUUGAGCAGGUAGUCGGAACAAUCCAAAACAAUUAGACUCUUCCUCGAUUAGUUGAAGUUUGUUUUUAAAGCAAAUUUAAAUUAAUCGAGGAGGAUAUUGCACAAUGCCUAAGAAACUACCUCCUUUUUCCUCUAUUCCUCGUAUUAUGUAGAAACAGUAUUUUGGUUUUGUUUAAUUCAUUCCUGUUUGAGAGCUAAAUAAAAAAAUAAAGCAACAAAAGGUAUGUUUUAA